UUACGACAUAGCUUACCUACCACUAGUAAAACACACAUUUCAUCACAAUACUUUUAUUUAAGGAAGUCAGGUCAGAUUGUAAAAAUAAGCAUACAAUUUCACGUACCACGCUGCCAUUUUGCGCCGCCCAUUACCAUAUUUAAAGACAUGUUUUAAUCAUUGUAUCAGACGACAUCGCUAAGUAUUAAAGCUGGCUAAAGUUGAAAUUGACUCCCAAUAACUGUUGUAUAACUGUUCUGCUGAAUAUCUCAGCCCAUCCCUGCUAAUGCGGAUCUCCAUGUCGGUUAGCUCUCUAAUUCCGUUUUGUUGUCUCCCGUUCAGACCUAUUACUGCAUUCGCAGCUAAAAUCGUUGUAUUGGUAGACUUUCGGUACAAUUCUAUCCAGAAGUCGAACUUAACUACCCAAACUACUCAAUUCCUUGAUUUAAGAAGGGGAAAAAAACAGCCGCUUAAUUAAUUACGUGCGUCUGGUUAAUGAAAGUUCCGAAACACUUCGGCAUCAAGCGGGACUAAAGAAAUCUAGUGGAUUUGAUUUAUUCUAUAGUAUUCAAUUGGGAGCGAGUUGGAUAUGCAUGCAUACAUACAUGUAGAGGGUGUAUUCUUGAACAUGACUAUUUCUAGAAAGAUAAAUCAUUUACCAGCACUGUUUUCGUUCAUAUAUUGGCACACGUGCACCAAGAGCAGUCUUACAGAAAUAUGUAACCCUUUAAUAAUGUGGUUGGUGUUCGGGUACACUAUCGGAAAAGGUCAAUAUUCAUUGCCUGAUUUUGCUAAACCCUUAUUCGCGUGUUCCGCUGUUUCUAUAGUUACGAAUAGUUUGCUUAAUUUAUUCAUGAAAGGAAAAGGAAGACGAUAUAUUCUAAGUUUGACCCCAAAUCGUUUACUAACAGUCUGUUGAAAAUUAAUACCAGUGUUUAAUGGAAAAUGAACUUUAAAACGGUUGUUGCUUGAAUCUAAUGUUUUACCAAAAAACAUUUAAACUACGGCAGGUUCUCCUUAUAAGGCUUGUCCAUUGCAUACUGCAAUUGUUUGUUUUUCUGUUUUGGACGUUGUUGGUGUUUUUCCGUAAACUUUGCCAAACAAUUUCUUAAAAUCUUCUGAUACAAGGAGGUUUAAUUGGAAAACAAACUACAUAAAUUCUCUAUAUGGCCUUGUUUUGACAAUUUUCGUUUCCUUAUUCUUGGAAGUUGAACUUCAAUUGCUCUUUUUGCUGGUGCAUUUUAACUUGCGACAGGUUUGCAUUCGGCGCGCAUUUAAGGCAAUUCCAUCGCUGCGUCGCUAAGGGGUACUUUGUUUCAGCUUAGUUGGCUGCUGUAAACAUGAAAAUGUCAGUGGGCGAAAUCACUACACCUGCCCUAAGACCAACUUGUUAAGGAGGGGGGCAUACAUUCAUCGAAACACGAUGCAUAAUAUGGAUAUUAAAAUUAAUAGCCUAACGCAUUAUAUUCUUUUGCUUCUGCAGCGUGUCACAUUGGGAGCAACACCAUUGAGUUACCCACACGUGUGUUUGUAUGUGUCUGUAAUGGAUUUAAAAAAAAAAAAAAACGCACUAAUCCCCUUCAUUCCCAGUCCCUGCGCUGGGCGGAGCGGCUCUCCCACUGCGUCCUCAGCGCCUCGGCUCCUUUUUAGUUGAGAAAUGCGAAGCGUGGCUAGUAGAGCAGAGGAGCGCCGAAGUGUCAGAUGAUUGUCGCUGCUUAACAGCGCCUGGACUGCAGCCUUUUCCUCCAGUCCGACAUAUGCGUCUCCAGCCAUGACUCGUCCCAGGUAUCCCACUGUUGGGACUGCGCUGAUUUUCCUUUCCCUCGCACAGCUGAGCACAGGCCUGAAAUGCGUCUGCCACCUCUGCACCAACAAAACGUGCGAGACUGGUGCAGACGGAGCCUGCUGGAACUCCGUGAUGCUGAUCGACGGGAAGGAGGAAGCCGUCAAAUCCUGCCUGUCGCCCUCGGAGAUGAAGGGCCAGGUCUUCUGCUACAGCUCCCGCAACGUCUCCAAAAGGAACUGCUGCUUCACCGACUUCUGCAACAAUGAGACUCUGCACUUGUACCCAGCAGAGAGGAUCCAGACAGAACCCGGCUGGGGCAGACUGGAGCUGGCUGCGGUGGUCCUGGUCCCCAUCUGCCUGCUGUGCGCGGGGGCGCUGUUGGUCAUCUGCGCAGCUCACGGGAGGCACUGCACCCAUCGCCGCAUCCGCAAGCAUGACGUGGAGGAGCCCCUGGAUGACCAGAGCCUCAUGGCCCCCCACAAGAGCUUGAAGGACCUGAUCUUUGACAUGAGCACGUCGGGGUCCGGAUCAGGACUCCCACUGCUGGUCCAGCGAACAAUUGCCAGAACCAUCGUCCUGCAGGAAACCAUCGGGAAGGGAAGGUUCGGGGAGGUGUGGCGGGGAAAGUGGCGAGGCGAGGAUGUGGCCGUGAAGAUCUUCUCGUCCCGGGAUGAGAGAUCCUGGUUCCGCGAGGCGGAGAUAUACCAGACUAUCCUUCUCAGGCACGAGAAUAUCUUGGGCUUCAUAGCUGCUGACAACAAAGAUAACGGGUCUUGGACACAGCUGUGGCUGGUGUCUGAAUACCACGAGCACGGCUCUCUGUACGACCACCUGAACAGGCACACGGUCUCUGUAGAUGCUAUGCUCAUCCUGGCACUCUCCAUCGCAAGCGGGCUGGCCCACCUCCACAUGGAGAUCAUCGGCACUCAGGGAAAACCCGCCAUCGCUCACAGGGACCUGAAGUCCAAAAAUAUCCUGGUGAAGAGGAAUGGCACAGCAGCCAUUGCAGACCUGGGCCUUGCCGUGAAGCAUGACCCAGCCACGAACACGGUUGACAUCCCAGCCAAUCACAGAGUGGGAACAAAGAGGUACAUGGCCCCAGAAAUCCUGGACGACACGAUCAAUAUGAGCAACUUCGAGCUAAUCAAGCGGGCGGACAUGUAUUCCUUGGGUUUGGUAUUCUGGGAACUGGCACGGAGGUGUUCUGUGAGAGGAGUCUAUGAAGACUAUCAGAUGCCUUAUUAUGAUAUUGUGCCUUCCGACCCAUCUAUAGAGGACAUGAGAAAGGUUGUGUGUGACCUGAGACUGAGACCCAACAUUCCAAACCAGUGGCAAAGCUGUGAGGCACUGCGGGUGAUGGGCAAAAUCAUGCGAGAAUGCUGGUAUACCAACUCUGCCGCCCGGCUCACCGCUCUGCGAGUCAAGAAGACCGUCUCCCAGGUGGCCAACAUCAAAGAUGUCAAAGAGUAAUGGACCCUCACCCUCGCCCAAUGCUGACAAUGUAGUGAAUCGUAGCAAAACCCAGAAGAAUGCCACCAAUUGACUUUCAUGACCCCCUCCCCAUGUUUGUGUUUAGUACAGCCCGAAUACUAACCUACCCACUGUGCCAAUGGACCCAAGUGUCCAGCGGGACAUUUCAAAGACAGUUACUGUCCUGCUGGCCCCAGCGUCACUCGGCAGUGGAUGACGAUAAUGUGAAACGACUAAAUCAACCAUUGUCAGGAGACUUCAUGCUACCUCAAAACAACAAUUGUCCAAAGCUUGAAUUGCUUCACACUGGACAAGGUGCACAUCUGUGAAUGUUACUGAAUAACAGCCCCUCCUCCCCCAUCACCACUGCCCCAAACCAAGCCUGAUUGUACAAGACAUCCUUCCUCUGCCCAAAAAACCCACCAGCUACCAGGAACCCCUUCAUGGCAGGGAGUAAGACAAUAUGACCGCGACAUAGAUUAAGCUUAACUGCCAGCUUUCAGUGUCUGCUGAUAGCUAACCCCAUAUGCACGUGCCUUUAACAAAAAAACAAAACCAGCCAUCAUUUGAAACACGUCAGUCCUCUGUUCAUGUAGCUAUUGUAAAGACCGUGCAUCCAUGUUCCUCUGGUACGUGACACUUUGACGGAUGGAACAGAGCAGGUUUUAGGGGAAAAGCUUUACACCCAAACACACAGGAUGAAGUGACCUUGGCAUCAGACUGAUAAAUACGGUGAAGCUGUAGCGGGCAGAGAAUGAGCAAAAACCAGCAUUUCUCAUUGCCUUUCCAUGCCUUUGCGCACCGCUGCUACGAACAGGCAGGCAUUGCUCAUUUGCCCCUCAAGCACCAGUCACUGAUGCACAAGUCCAGCUUUAAUGUUUCGCAUGGAAGAGAGUUAAGGUGUUACAGGCUUUUAUAUCUAGGAAGCAGAAGCCUUAUCACCCACAGUGUUAACAAGUUUCAAUAACAACACGUUUCUUUAGUAUGUAUGUACAAAUGCAAAAACUACUAGUUCCAAACAUCCUUAUUUAAACAUUCUGGUUGGAGUCAGGCUAAUACAAAAUGUAUUUAUAUGAAUCUUUUUCUGGAACAAUCAAACACAGGAACAGUCUACAUACGACUGCCAACGAUGACCUGUCUACAUCUUUAACUCAUUGCUGCAUCUUAGACACAAAUGCCAAUCUAACUCGUUGCAUAGCUAGGAUGUAUAAGCUACGAUGCUAAAACAAUUUUUUUGUUUAACGUUGAAUUCCUUUAUGUUGCACUUUAGUGUAGCUUUAAGCUAUACAAUAUAUGAAACAGAAUAUAUUUUAAGUGUACAUUUCUGUAUCUAUAUGAAAUUGUCUAAGGAAUUUGUAUCGGACGUUGGUCACGAUUCACACCCAAAGAACAAGUUUGAAUUCCCAGAAUGCUGAGUUUAGUCGGAUAUAAAAUCGCUCAUUUUGUAUUAUCUUUUAGUGGAAUAUCAUCAGUUAAUCCUUUAUAGUGUCCAUGAAAUUUAUAUAACUCUGCAUUGAUUGCCGCUGACUUACUACUGUUGUAGCGGUUUUGUUCUUACCAUUUAAAAUUUUGUUUUUUGAACUUGUAACCCUUUUCAUUUCUGGCAAGACUUUGCUCACCGUAGUUCAAACUGCAGUCUGUGUGACAGGAAGCAAAUGUGGUUUCUUAAUAAUCGUAUCUGUAUUCCAAAUGCUGUCGGACGCUCGGCAGUGAGUACCAUCAUUAUCCUCCGCGGUGGCUCACUAUUCACCGCGUACAGAAAACUGCAAAGAGCCACUUGGAAUAUGUCAGAUCAAUCUGUGGGCUUGUAUAGAAAUGCCCUCUCCCACUGUUUUUUUUUUUUUUUUUUUUUUUUUUUUAAGCGAUUUCAGCCUUGUUUAUGUUCGCACCCAGCUGCGGAUGAGGGGGCUAUUAUCUGGAGGAUAGCUUGUCCAGAAGUGUACUGUUAUUAUUGGGAAAUGAUGAGUGAUGGUCAAGGAAUGAGAGACUUGUAAGACGCCAUGGAAACCAGCUGGAGAUACCGGCGAGAUCCAUCCUGUAGUCCGUGUAACACUUUAAGCCGACAGUCUCCUCUGUUGGCUGGGUCACCCCCAUCUUGGCUCUGUGGACCAAUGUUUCCCAACCCAUUCCUUGGGGACCCCCCGAGGGUCCACGUUUUUGCUCCCUCCCAGUUCAAAAACGUGCACUGCCCGGCGGUCCCCUAGGACCGGGUUGGAAAGCACUGCAGUAGUGCUGUAUCACUCCUGUACAUAGAAGACAUGACUAUCAUCGGAGGUACAGUGGGGGCAUGGAUACCCUGGCAGAUUCAGGGGGCCCCAGUGCUUUACAGGGGCCUCUGAUAUGCAAAAUUAUACAUUUUAUUUGGCGGGGGCCCCUAGAUGACAUUUUGUCACAGGGCCCAGAAUUCUUAGCCACACCCCUGACCAUCGUUACGAGACUCGAGGUUAAUUCUCGUCACAGCAUUGUGACGAGUCCCCUCCACACUAGUGGCCCCCUCUGCCUCAAAGCCUGAUUGUCCACUUCUCAGUGACUACAGCAGAACAGUGUAAGCACAGUGCACAAACAGGCCUAACUCGGGCAAGCUGGCAAACAUGAUGUGCUUGAACUCACUGGGUACAGCCAUGGAUGUCUGUUCAUUCCGUCCUCUGUUACCUUCGUCGGAAUGGUCUGUGAGUCACCCAGUGUACCUUCAGUGUGCUGCCAUACCAGAAUGUUUUCCUGUGCUGUCAAUUCUGUUACUGUUUGUGAUAUGUGUGUGUGUGUUUGUUUUUUUAAGUGUCUGUAGUCUUGGUGAAAAUAAUAAAUAUGUGAACAAA